AUGAAUGGGCUUAGGCAAUGGGCUGGGAAUAGGCGCUUAGUACUUGUGCGGUUCUUUUUUUGGCGGCCCGGGACUGAAGCAGAGAAGACGUUGGAUGGCCUUUUGUGUGGUAUUUUGCAUGAUACCCUGAAACAAUGCCCGGAAUUCAUACUAGUUGCCUUCCCGGAACGAUGGGAGGAGUCUAUGAGAACCGAUUGGAGAGUCCAGUUGCCGUUUCGAUUUUCUCGAAGGGAUAUUCGUGCGGCUUUAAACACCCUCUUGCACAAAGAAGAGCUCUAUAAGAAAUACCGCCUCUGUUUCUUUAUUGAUGGUCUUGAUGAGUGCUUGGAAACCUGCCAGGAAGAUUACCAUGACAUGGUGAACUUGCUCCUGGGCUGGAUCGAUGCGGCCCCGCUUGAUUUGAAGCUUUGCGUCUCGUCUAGGAACUAUGAAAUAUUCGUGGACGAGAAGCGACUUCAGCUCCACGAAUUGACUCGACUUGACAUUGAGAAUUUUGUCAUCCAUCGACUGAAAGGAUUCGAGAUAUGCAGCUACACCGAGUCAGCAGCUCAGAAUAAGCAGAAAUUAGUAAAAGAGAUAGUGGACAGGGCUGAUGGAGUUUUCCUUUGGGCCGCUCUGGUUCUGAAGUCGUUAAGAAGGUCUUUAAAAUACGAUAAUCAACUCGAACAUCUGUUGAGAAGAAUACAGAGGAUGCCACGGGACAUGAAGUCACUGAUCGAACACUUGCUUGCCUGGGCCAAUCCACUUGACCGCAUUUCAGCGUAUCGAACAUUUGCGGUGGUUGGAAAACUGUCCGAGCUGGGAAUGACACCAAUGACUCUCCUUAGAUACAACUUCUUGUCUGACUAUGAGAUAGACGCCACAUUUGCCAUCCACACUGAGCUAAGAGGUUGCAAGCUAAGUGAAUCUGGUAUGGCAACUCGUAAAAUUCAAGCCCAAGCAAGACUUAAGGAUCAAUCGAGAGGCCUUCUUGAGAUAAAACCCCUGCCCUACAGAGGACAUUUGCUUAUGAAACACACCGAUAUUGAGCAUUUCACCUUCAUCCACCACUCAGUGUUUGAUUUUCCACAGACGCACCACGUAUUGGAUAUUAGGGAAGCAUGCGAAGGGUUCGAUAUUGUUGACGCUAUGAGUCAGAUUGUUCUUGCUGAAAUCAAGUUCUUUGGCUUGUACACUUUUCACUCCACCAGGCUUCGAUGGCUUCUCCUAAAGGAUUUGCCAUAA